AUGCCUCGCUCCGAUCGACAAGCUGAGGGUUAUCGAAUUUUCAUCGGCGGCGUUGAUCCGCGAGUUGGUAAAGUAGAGCUUGAGCGCGAAUUUGACCGAUUUGGAACUAUUGUUGAUGUGUGGGUGGCACGUAAUCCGCCUGGAUUUGCCUUUAUUGUAUACAAGUACUUGGAGGAUGCAGAAAAGGCCAUAAGGCGCAUGGAUAGAAGUAGCCCUUUCGGUUCAAGGCUUCGCGUGGAGCACGCUGCGAAUUCCCUGAAAUACAAGCUUGAGGGAUGGGCGGCUGUGAUCGCUCUCCUUAGCUCCCGUUCCCUCGACGCAAUCCUUGUCGCCGUCGCAGGUCCCGCAGCAGGAGUCGUCGACGUCGAAGCCCUUCACCCAGACGCCGAAGGUCCCCCCCGCGUAGACGCUCACCACCCAGGCGCCGCGAUCGAAGCGACAGUCGGCGGUAUAGACGGUCUAGUUCACGGGGUAGACGAAGGUCAUGGCGUCACAGAUCGAAUUCCCGGUCGGCCUCUCGAAGGUCUCCAAGCGACCAAAGAUCGCGUGACAAGUCUCGUUCUGGGAAACGUUCCAGGGAUCGUUCUGCAUCGUCUCCUCGCCGCCGUUCACAGUCACGUGAGCGUUCUACGUCUAACUAUCUGUCUCGAGAUCGUUCGGGUUCUCGUGAGGUGUCCGAUAGGAAGCGCGCCCGCAUUUCUGGUUCCCGCAGCCGUUCGCCAUCGCAGCGCUCGGCGUCAAGGAACUCUGCCGACAGGCGCUCCCGAUCAGCUUCCCGUGCUGCUGCUAGUUCCCGGGGUCGUUCUUCUAGCCCAGUUAAUCGUGGUGAAAAUGGUGGUGGUUCUAGACACAGCGGGAGCAGGCAUUCAUCUCGCUCUCAAUCGCGUUCGGGGUCUCCAUCCCCCAGCCGCCGCAGUGGGGAUCGUUCACCUUCGAGAUCCAGGUCAAACACACCACGUCGUGAACAUUCUUCGGAUGGAAAUUGACGGUUCAGCCCUUCUGUUGUUGGAUAUCGACACAAUGCGCUCCCUUCUGAAACUCAAACUUGGUCCUGCCCUCAAGGUUGACGACAUAGUCAAUCGCCUCAAGCAAGGUCAUCGCUAG